AUGAAUCAGAGCUUGGAAUCGGAAGCUAUUGAAGCUGGGGGCAGCAUGAAGAGGCAGUGUUCCCUGUCCUUGGACAUUAUCAGCAGUCUACCAAACUCUCUCCUUGGCCAUAUCCUCUCCUCUCUUCCAACCCGGGACUCUGUGGCAACAAGCGUUUUGUCCAGCAGGUGGAGGCCUCUCUGGACUCUCGUCCCAGUUCUUCACUCGGACCAGAGAGAACUUUGUAGAACACCUGAUCAGCCUUUUAGUUACGCGGAAAUAGUGUCCAGGAUCUUGAUUCUUCGCAAUACUGUUCUCAAUCCUACUCCCAUACACAAGUUGCGGAUCUAUUGGCUCAAAAAUUGUCUUCCACUCCAUGUCGACACAUGGAUCUGCGACACUUUUUGGAAUGGUGUGCAAGAGCUUGAUCUCACCAUACAUAUUUCGAAUCGACUUUUGCAGCUGCCACAUAGUCUCUUCUUUUGUACAUCAUUAGUGGUUCUCAAAUUGAAAGGUGAAUUUCUUCUCAAUCCUCCUCCUGAAAUUCAAGGGCUCCCUAGUCUCAGGAUUCUGAAACUUGAAUGUGUUAGAUUUGUCAACCGCAACUCUCUCCUCAAACUCCUUGCUGCCUGCCCGGUCCUCCAAGAUUUCUUCCUCAAAGUGCAUGAUAAAGAUGUGACAAAUUUGGACAAAAAUGCUGGCAAGUUCAAUAUUGUUGUACUCAUACCUACGCUGAAAAACUUACAUCUACGUGUUCUGUUUUCAUCAUACAAACUCCAUAUUAACACCCCGGUACUCGAGUACUUUCAUUUCAAAGGUAAUUUGGACGAGGUUGUGUUGGAAAACCUUCCCAACUUGGUUAAAUCAGUCCUUCAUAUUGAGAUAGGACCUGACAGUCUCAAAGGUAUAAGUUUUACAGAUUAUUUGAAGAGGAGAUGGGACUUCUUGGGACGGCUCUAUAAUGUUAACUCCAUGGAAUUGCGCAUAGUAACCGCAGAGGGAUAA